UUAACUUUGACAUAGUGAUGUCAAAGGACUUGUCAAGGGCUUUAUGGGGCUAAAAUUGGCAAAUGUACAAAUUCAGUAUUGUGUAAAGCUGAGAGAAAAGUCCACACGGGGGAAGACGGAAUCAUUUUUCUGUUCCAAAUCAGUGGAUGGAAACCAAACCCUUCAGCAAGAACAGAAGCAACUUCAGCCCUGCAUGCAAAUGGAUAACCAGUUCCCUCCCAAGAAAGUUCCAGGUUUUUGUUCUUUUCGCUAUGGACUGUCUCUCCUCCUGCACUGCUGUAAUGUUGCAGUAACGGCACAGCGCACAUGUCUGAGCCUCACAAUGGUAGCCAUGGUGAACAGCACAGAUCCACAUGGCAUGACCAACACAUCUACAAAGAAGCUCCAGGAUGACAUGAAGAACCCCGUGUAUAAAUGGAGCCCUGAAAUCCAGGGCAUCAUCUUCAGUUCCAGCUUCUAUGGUGUUGUCUUCAUCCAAAUUCCUGUUGGAUACUUAUCUGGAAUAUACUCUGUAAAGAAAAUGGUUGGCAGUGCAUUAUUCCUCAGCUCUCUAUUAAGUCUGUUCAUCCCACCAGCAGCUGAAGUUGGAGCAACUUGGGUCAUUGCAUGUCGUGUAGUUCAAGGAAUAUCCCAGGCAACAGUAGUAACAGCUCAGCAUGAAGUAUGGGUCAAAUGGGCUCCUCCCCUGGAACGAGGCCGACUUACUUCUAUGAGUCUGUCAGGGCUUAUGCUGGGACCCUUCAUUGUCCUGCUUGUGACUGGAGUCAUCUGUGAAUCUCUGGGCUGGCCCAUGGUCUUCUAUAUUUUUGGUGCUUGUGGCUGUGCUCUAUGUCUUCUCUGGUUCGUUCAGUUUUAUGAUGAUCCCAAGAACCACCCAUGUAUAAGCAUCAGUGAGAAGGAAUACAUCACAUCCUCCCUCGACCACCAGGUCAGCUCAAGUAGACAAUCUCUGCCUAUCAAGGAUAUGCUUAAGUCGCUUCCAGUCUGGGCUAUUACCCUUAGUAAUCUUGCUUAUUCCUGGACAAAAAACACCAUGCUUAUCUACACUCCAACUUUUAUCAACUCUGUGCUUCAUGUUAAUAUAAGAGAGAAUGGGCUGCUGUCUGCCCUUCCCUAUUUGUUUGCCUGGAUCUGUGGUAUCCUAGCAGGCCAGAUAUCGGACUUCUUCCUGACCAGGAAUAUUUUUAGCAUAAUUACCAUCCGGAAACUCUUCACCAUACUAGGAUUUCUCCUUCCUGCAAUCUUCAGUGCAUGCCUGCCUUACCUGACUUCCAGCUUCCAUAGCACUGUGAUUUUCCUGAUCCUUGCUAGUGCAACAAGCAGCUUUUCCUUGGGUGGAGCACUUAUAAAUGCCUUGGAUAUUGCUCCCAGAUACUAUGGAUUUCUUAAAGGAUUUACAUCUUUAAUUGGAAUAUCAGGAGCACUAAUUUCUUCCACUUUGACUGGAUUGAUCCUUAGUCAGGAUCCAGAAUCUGCUUGGUUUAAAGUCUUCUUCCUGAUGGCGGCCAUUAAUGUGAUAAGCCUGAUUUUCUACCUUAUAUUUGGUAAAGCAGAAAUUCAAGAUUGGGCUAAGGAAAGACAACACACACGCCUCUGAAGGCAUCCUGCCCACACCAGGCUUCAGAAUGACACUGUAUCCUGUGAGAGCGACUUCACCUGCUUUGGCUCCUGGCCCAGGACUUUGGAUUGCGUACACGAAGCUUUCCAUUGUUUCAGGCUUUCCUUUGACAGCAGGUCAUAGGGUUCAUCAUCUAUUCUACAUGUUUGGGCACAACUCCCUUGUGACUCUCAGUUCUCACUCCUGUGGUUCUGGCUUCCUGUUUUGCUUUGGUGAGAAAUUGUCCCCCAGACCCUGAUGCUUUUACCAGAAUAAUAGUGGAAAGAGAGGAGAUCAACUAGAAAUCACAAUACACUUGUGCUUUUAGGAGCUCACAGUUAAAUCACUGUUCUUUUUAUUCUCCGCUAUAAAAUCUCCAGGAAUGGUUAAAAAAAAAAAAAAAAACUUUAGUAUUACAUAGCCAAGGUCUCUGAGAAGACACUGGAAACAAAGUCAAUUCCAAUUAAAUGGCUGAUCAGUCAGGCAGGCAUGGAAGAGGAAUGUCUGUGAGGGAAAAUGAUGAACAACUAAGUAAUAGGUUCUAACGCAUCUCUCUGUUUGCUGAGAGGUGGGUGAAUGUCUGCUCUUUAGCCCAGUCCUGCAGGUCUGCACUGCCAAAGAUGAGGUAGAAGGCCAGGCCCAAUAUGUUAAUAGCAGCUGAAAGCAAGAACACAUUUCUCCAGCCAAACUCUGAGUCCUGGAGGCAGGAAACAACAGGUUAUUAAUAGUCACCCAGUUAUUGUCCCUCUUGGUUCAGAAAUGCUUCUGCUCCAGGUCCUCCUGCUCCCCCCACACCACCCCCCACAUCGGCUGCAGCUUGUGUGGGCUUGCUGGCUGCUUCUGGAAUAUACCAGACCAUGUCUGCCAUAAGGCCAGUGCACUGGCCAUUCCCUCGGCUGGAGUGUUCUCCACCUCUCAUUCCCAUCUGGCUCACUCCUUCACUUCCUUCCAGGCCUUGCUUAAACGUUACUUCUUCAGUGAGUCCUUCCUUGACCACUCUGUUAAAAUUGAAAUUCCACCUCCUUUUAUGUGCCCUAUUCUCAUCUUUUCUUAGCAUUUAUCACUAUUCAAUAUGCCAUAUAUUUUACUUAUUUCAUUAGUUUUCUUUUGGUUUUUUCCUACAAUAUGUUUCACAAAGGGAGGAACUUUUGUUUAUUUUAUUCUUAAGUGAAUAAAAUGGCACAUGCUGAUGUUCAAUACUUAUUGAAUGAAUGAAUGAAUUAAAGAAUGACAGGACAAACAAG